GGAAUGCAAGUAUUCAGACUUUCGACACACGCUAACAUGAGGCAACAGUCGGUGUGGCUGCUCCUGAUAGUUUUUAUUGUGAUAUUAACUUACGUAGCUGACAAUGAAGUAACAGCUGCACCAUGCGGUGAUUACAAAUAUCCUCAUCAUCAUGAGAAAAAAGGCGAUAAAGUUAAGGAUAAGGAUAAGGACAAGGAUAAGGAUAAGAAAAAGAAAAAGAAAAAAGAUAAGAAAAAAGAAAUCAAGAAAGAUAUUGAAGACAUUAUGAAGAAGAUCUUUUCACGUUAAAGGAUGAUUGCGAAGCCCAGAAAUCAAAGAUACUGUAAAAUGUACUUAUUUAUGUAUACGAAUUAUUAAAUUUUAUCAUACGAAUAUAUGUUAAA